AUGGCCAACUGUGCGGGAUGGAGCGAGGAACCAAUAUCAAAGGAAAAGCAACGACCACCAAUAUACAAUCCAGAAGACUACGCAACAUCUCUCAAGAAAUGGGGCAAGAAGACGAGUGGGGGAAACUUAUACGAUGUGGACCCAGGUCAGGACCCCAAUAAGGCGAGAACCCUGCCCAGCCAGGGCAGUAAGGAUUUCAGGAAUCCGUGCUUAGGUGUUGGCGAAGAAAUGAGCCUUCGUCAAUUCUGCUCACCGAGUGAGUUACUCACGAAGCUCAGGGCAGAUCUAAGGCUCUCAUUUCCUAGUUUCGUCCAAGAGUUCGCGAGUGAGCCGCUAGAUGGAGUGACGUUACUUCUCGAACUCCUGCGCAACGUUCAACUCAGUCAAACGGGUGAUGGGGCAAGGGGACCGCCAGCUGUGAGGCGCAGGCCACUCCUGGAUGAGCUGGCUUGCUUACAGUGUCUUUGGAGUUGCUGUACCAGGUAUUCAGAAUGCGUGAGGAGAUUGGUGGCCUGCUCCAACGGAGUAUACGCUUUGGCUGUUUGCAUUAUGUCUACUGUCAAUAAAUCUAGGAUUCUUGCAUUACAGCUUCUCACAAAGGCCUGCGAGCCUCCAGCACACGGUCACAGUAUGAUAUCGGAAGCGUUAUCAACACUUCGCCUUCGAUAUGGAGAACCAGUCAGGUUCAGGUUCCUGGUGGGGAUGCUUCAAAGCACCGGAGGAUCUGGAGACCUGCAAGCAGCUGGUCUGGCCUUUAUCAAUUCCCUGUUGACCAGCGCCCCAUCUCCCCAAAGGAAACUCUACAUACAGGCUGAGUUGGAGCAGGCAGGGUUCGAUGUUGUAACUUUGAAAAAGAUCGUCGCCAAACUACCAAACCCCAACGAAUACGUAGUGAAGGAAAUAGAAAACUACGAGAGACAAUUGAUAGAUAUUGAUACUCUUAGUGAAAAGGCAACAGAGGCCCAAAAGGAAAAGGACGACCUGAGGCACAAAUUGGAACUUUUGGAGAAACGAGUCAAGAUUCUACAGGAAGAGAAAGGAAUUCUAUUAUCUCUGGAAAAAUGUCUGAAGGAAAAAUGUUGUGAGUUACAAGAAGAAGUGAGCACACUUCGCUCCGAGCACAGUACUUCAAGUAGGAAGAAAACGUUUGUCAUUAAGAAAAAAAACUCCACGCAUAGAAGGAGAGAUGAAUCAUCACCUCCCGAAGAUGAAGGUAUAAGUUCCUCGGAAAGAUCUCUCAGCCCUGAAGGAGACCCACAAAGGGAGUCCAUGGUUUACGAAGUAUUCAAUAUUAAAAAUGAAACAUACGAUCUGCUACGAAACAAAAGACCGCUCCACAAGAAACUGGAAAGCACAAAAAAUCACAAAAAGUCAACAGACGAUGAAGAAGAGGCAACAAUCGAUGAAGUCAUUCAAGAACUCAGAAAUAUCGUUAAUCACGCAGAAUCCGAACAGUAUUUGAACAGAACAGACAGCAAAUGCAAAAGUAAUCGUACUUCAGAAACAGACUAUCAAAAAGACAGAAGCGAAGAAAAAGAAGACUCAAUAACAAGCACUAGGCACAGCAUUCAUAUAACCAGUAGUAAUGAAUUUGAAGACAGCAGCGAUGAAAUCGGUAAAAUUGUGCCUACCAAGAUAUUCCCUCAACCACCGAAUAAAAACAGAAGCCUCAGUCAAUUAUUCCCUCACGUAGAAAAGGGACUUUUGUUUAAUAAAUCGCAGGAUUUCUUCGAUAUGUACUGUUCGAGCGACGAAGGUUCCGAUUCUUUACUUAGCGUUUCACGGUGCCGUAGUCGAGUUAUGAAAAACGAUUCGCUCACAAGCUUCGACUUUAGUAAAUGCCGCGCUAAAUUCAACGAAACCGAUACAGAUGACAAUAAACUAAGAAGAUCAAAGACUAGAGAGGAUUCAAGAAAGCCAACAGUUAAACGAAGUGAAUCUUUCCAAUCUGAGAAAGGAUCGCGGCAACGUGAAUACAUUGAGAGUAUGUUUGAAAGUCACUCGUCCCUCAUCGAGCCAUCGCCACUACAACGGUCCGGUUCUAAAUGCAGUCGCGUCGAUGAAAUCGUGAAUUUAAUAGAAUCUAAAAAGCUUACGAAAAGCUUAGACAGAAUCGACGAAGGACUCAACUCAAUGGUCGAUAUAAUAAUGGUCCCCGAAACGAAAAAGACGACGUGGUCUUAUGAGAAGCGCCAGAGAUCGGUGUCUCGUGCCAACAGCGAAAUCGAAGAACCCCCUUUGAUGCCCAGAACCAGUAGUAGAACCCACUCGUACGAAUACAAAGAAGACAAAUGCGAUAAAUAUUCAACUGCUAGAACGACGGGGUCGUUCGAUACGAACUUCAAUAAUACGUUUAUGAUGAAGCGUGGGAAUACCACAGGGUUCUAUUCUGGGGCCCCAAUGUUGAGAGAUGCUCCGGCUAGCAUGACCAGUCUGGUGACGAAUGGAACACAUAGCUAUAGCGAUAUGAAGAGGACGUUUUCACCAAUCAGUUCCAGUUACGGCCUCAAUAAAGUGACGGAUAUGCCUUCAGGGUUGUACUAA